GUUAGUCGCUUCAAAUCCGUUAAUUGUGACAUCCACGCGAAUUCCCCAGAACAGAACAGAACAGUUUGCAAGUCGCGCUUACAACGAAUCGUACUGAACUCAAUUGAAUGGCCUGCUAAAAAGCAUAAGCAGUCGAAUUAACUACACACAAAGCCUAAGGCUGUGAUAUACCUACAUAUAUAAAAAUAACUGAGCUGUAGACUUGCCCACGCGCUGCUUGCUACACUCGCUUGCCAGCUCAAUUUGAUUGCUCAAUGAUGCAAAGCGUAUGUUUGAUUGUGUGGGCUGGCCUCGUUGCCAGCUGCUGGGCAGCUACAGUGCCGCCACCGCCGUUGAUACAGACUCUGAGCAAUGGUGCUGACAUAGGACCUGAGUUUAAGCUGGAGCCCAAUAGCAACAACAACAACAACAACAACAACACGAGCACAGUGGAAGAUGCGCAAUUCUGGCGACGUAUUGGCCUGCAGCAGCUGGAGAAGAUUAUACGCAAGGCACAGCGAGCUAAGGAGCAUUCAUAUAGAUACAAGGCAAAGAAUAUAAUCAUUUUCAUAGGCGAUGGCAUGGGGUUGUCCACCAUAAGCGCUGGUCGCAUCUACAAGGGUCAGUACUUGAAGCGUGGUCAUGGCGAAGAGGAAACAUUAUCCUUUGAUCACUUCGACUACACGGGCUUGGCCAAGACUUAUAACGUGGACAAGCAGGUCCCAGAUUCAGCGGGCACAGCCACUGCAAUAUUCACGGGCGUUAAGAGCGAUUAUGGUGCCAUUGGCAUGGACACUACUCGCUCCAAGCUGAAUGCCAGUCAAGGACGUCUUGAAUCCGUCAUGGACUGGGCACAAAGCGCAGGCAAACGUACCGGUGUGGUAACUACCACACGCAUUACACAUGCCACACCAGCGGCCACCUAUGCGCGUGUCUAUAAUCGUGACUGGGAAUGUGAUACUGAAGUGCCCAAUGAGUCCGUGGGCAUACACAAGGAUAUUGCACGUCAGCUGGUGGAGCAGGCGCCUGGCAACAAGCUAAAUGUUGUCCUGGGUGGUGGUCUAUCUCCUAUGGGCGCGCUUAACUCCAACGAAAAGCGCACUGUAAACUUUGAAGGUGGCACCGAGCUCAUUUGUCAGCGUGGAGAUCAGCGUAAUCUGGCCAAUGAAUGGCUGGAGCAGCAUACCAACGACAGCAAGCCAGCGGCUUUGGUGAAAACACGCGAGGAAUUGCUGCAAGUGAAUGUGAAGGAAGUUGAUCAUUUGAUGGGCUUGUUUCGCAACAAUCACAUUACCUAUGCCAUAGCGCGUGAGCAGGGUGAGCCCUCGCUGGAGGACAUGACCAGAGCCGCAAUUGGUGUGCUGGAACGCGGCACUCAGUCCGCUGGCUAUGUGCUUUUGGUUGAAGCUGGACGCAUUGAUCAGGGUCAUCAUCAGAAUUAUGCACGUGCCGCCCUUCAUGAGCUAUACGAACUGGAUCUGGCAGUACAGGCGGCGCUUAAUGUAACCAAUGCGGAAGAAACGUUAAUCAUGGUGACGGCAGAUCAUUCGCAUUCUGUUACCUUUAAUGGUUACCCCAAGCGUGGUGCUGAUAUCUUGGGAGCUGCUAAUUUGCACAGGCCCACCGAUCCCAUGGUGUAUGAAACCAUAACAUACGCCAAUGGACCGGGCUACUUUGAUCACUUGGCCAACGAAAGCAAGCGAGAGAACAGUUCCAACUUUUGGGCGCCGUUCAAGCUCUACACAAAGGAGGAAAUAGAGUCACCCACGUAUCGUCAUAUGGCCACGCUGCCGCUAAAGGAUGAAACCCACGGCGGCGAGGAUGUAAUUGUAUUUGCCAAUGGUCCCGGUGCCAGCUUAGUGCGAGGUGCUUUUGAACAAAAUUAUUUGGCUUACGUCAUGAGCUAUGCUGGCUGCAUGGGUCCCGCCAAGAAUGUUGAUGACUCUUGCCAGAAGCAAAUAAGUCAUGGUAGUGUCCACAGUGCUGCUUCGUUAACAACUGCAACCACUUCUCUUUUAUUCCUCACCACAUGGCUUCUAAGCUCUUCGUUUUCCUUAAAAGCAUGUGUGCGUUUGCAUAUCUAAUGCAUAUACAUAUGCGUGUUUUGUUAUGUAGUAUUUACUUAACUUGGCAGCAGCUAAUCUAAUUAAAUUAGUCAAUAAACUUACUAUAUACAAUAGAAGCGUUACUAUUCCAGCAAAUUGGCGCUACAAACUCAAAUGUUAUCAUUUGCCCCGAAUAUGUUUGAAUUUUAAUGAAAAUACUAAUAUUGUUAUCGAAAUACAUAUUCGGGCAUUCGCCCGAAUAAGAAUGGUAUUUUAACGAAAAUACUAAUAUUGUUAUCGAAAUUAAAUUAAAAAAUUAUAGU